AUGAAGACUCUUCCUGAAUUUGAUGCCCUGCCACCGGUGGAAGGCAGACCCCAGGGCAAUACCUGGGGAUUCUGGGGCGCCGACGACGAAAUUGGAACCUUGAAUCUCCUCACUCCAGACACGGUUCAGCGAGCGGCUGCGGAGGUCAAGAGCGGCAGGUCCGCGUCCCUGGACUUCCCUCUUGAUCACUUUGGGGAGCGGAUCGGCAGCCGCCGUCAGCUGGAGCAGAACGUGAUAGAUUACCGUUCCCUGGCGGGCAUGUACGUCUACGACGACGAGCUCCAUUUCAACACGCAGAGCAGCUCCCAGUGGGACGGCAUGACGCACUGCGCGACCCAGAAAGACGGGUAUUUCUACAACGGACUCAAGUUCGAAGACGUGUUGAAGAAUCGAAACGGAAGAAACGGCACACACAGGUGGCUGCAGAGAGGCGGCAUAGUUGGCCGCGGGAUCCUUCUGGACUAUCCGCUUUGGCGACAAGAGACUGCACAAGGUCUGGUCAAUGCAGGUUCCAGCCAUGCCAUCACAGUCGCGGAAUUGGAUCAGAUGGCCAAGCACUUCAACGUGGAAAUCCAGCAGGGGGACAUUCUGUUGCUUCGCACGGGUUACAGUGCAUGGUACAACUCGGCGUCGCCCGAGGAGAGAAUUCAAGUCAUCAAAGGGGAGGCAUUCAUUGGAGUGGAGGAGUCUAUGGCGUCCGUUCGGUGGCUGUGGAACAAGCACAUUGCGGCUGUCGCCACAGACGCUCCAGGCUUCGAAGUCUGCCCGGUGCCGUGGGGUGACGAGUCCAAGGUCGUUCUGCAUGAAUGGAUAUUGGUUCAUUUUGGCAUGCCUCUGGGCGAACUUUGGAAUUUGGAGGACUUGUCGGUGCUUUGCCAGCAAGAACGGCGGUGGUCCUUUUUCUUUACGAGUGCGCCUCUACACGAUCGUGGGAGGCCUCUACCUGUCAUAAGCCAACAGUCCCCAUCCGUUGAGAUCGGGCCGCCACAUUUGCAGUCCCCCCAAAUGGAGCGCAACUCGCUCCAAGGCAAGGUCAUCGCCGUGACCGGAGGUGCUUCAGGCAUUGGACUUGGUAUCGUACAGAAGUUGAUCAUCCUAAAGGCAAAGAUCGCCGUCGCAGACGUUAGUCCCCAGCCCCCGGAGUUGAAGGACGUACCGGAUCUCAUCUACACCAACGUCGAUGUCUCCUCUCGAGACCAGGUCCAUGCUUGGGUGGAGGAGAUUGUGAAGAAGUUUGGCAGGCUUGACGGAAUGUGUGCCAACGCCGGAAUCUGCCCAUACGAAGGCGGCAUUGUCAGCGACGAGCUGUACCAGAGGAUCUUUGCGGUCUGCGUCACGGGCGUCUGGAACUGCGGGACCGAAGCGUAUUGGCAGUUCAAGAAGCAAGGAGGCGGAGGCGCAAUCGUCAACACGUCCAGCGGCGCUGGUCUUCGAGCUGUCAAGGGCCUUGCCGUAUACAGCGCUGCAAAGCACGCAGUCAUCGGGCUGACCAGGACGUGGGCGCUAGACUGGGCAUUGGAAGGCAUUCGCGUGAAUUCGCUUGCACCUGGACUCACAGAGUCUGGCAUGCAACGAGCAACGUUUGCGCAGUUUCCAGACGUCGCAGAUAGACUGGGAUCCGGCACGCCGAUGGGGAGAAUGGGCAAGCCUCACGAGCUGGCCGACAGUGUCAUCUUUCUGCUUGGAGAUAGUGCAACCUACGUGACUGGGCACGUUCUCAGUUGUGAUGGAGGAAGCAUGUGCGGAGCGUGA